GACUCCGCCAACGACAGCGGAUCGAGCUCGACGCUUCUUCAAAAUGGCGGGAAAAUCAUCCUUUCCUCUCUAGGGUUCUGUUGUGUUUGGGUUUUGACUUCAGACCGAGUUCGUCACGAGCACUGUCGGGAGAGCGAAGAAGAAGUAAUUUCCCCUCCGGCAAGGGGAGGUAGAACAAACAUGCCGACUUACAAGAUCAGGGGAAUCGAUGUGGAUUUCCCUUACGAGGCAUACGAUUGCCAGCUCGUUUACAUGGAGAAAGUGAUCGAGUCUCUCCAAAAUAAAUGUAAUGCACUGUUGGAGAGUCCUACCGGAACUGGGAAGACCCUGUGCCUACUCUGUGCUACAUUGGCAUGGAGGAAGAGUCUAGGUGGAUUUUCUACUGGGAAGUCUGAGAGGAAUAGUCAGAGUGUGGUUGGGACGCCCUCAUCCCAGUCCAGCGGUAGCAGUCUUCCUACGAUAGUGUAUACUUCACGAACUCACAGCCAGCUCCGUCAAGUGAUCCAAGAGUUGAAGACGAGCAGCUACAGGCCGAAAAUGGUGAUAUUAGGGUCUCGAGAACAGUUGUGCAUUCAUGAGGAAGUUCGUACACUGCGUGGAAAAGCACAGUCAAACGCUUGCCGGUUCCUUUGCAGAAAGAGUGCAAAGCGUCAGUGUGCUCAUUUCUCUCAAACAUCUGCUUAUGUAAAGCAGAAUCCCCAUCUCGGAGAUGAACCAGUUGACAUAGAGGAUUUGGUAAAAAUUGGGCAACAGUUUGGACCGUGCCCAUACUAUAUAUCAAGGGAACUCAGUAAAGUGGUUGACAUAUUAUUCGCACCUUAUAAUUAUCUGAUUGAUCCUAGCUAUAGGAAAUCUCUUGGGAUUGAUUGGGACAGCAGUGUCCUAAUAUUCGAUGAAGCUCACAACCUGGAAGGCAUAUGUGCUGAUGCUGCUUCAUUUGACCUGCCUGCUGGGCUUCUGACGGCUUGCAUUUCCGAGGCGCAAUCCUGCAUUGAUCUUUCUAUCACAAGAAGGGAUACAUCAAGUGAUAAAUCACAAAAUCCCGAGAACUAUGCCAUUCUUAAAGCAUUGCUUCUGAAGCUUGAGAAGGGGAUAGCUGAUGUACCUAUUGAAUCCAGUGAAUUGGGAUUCACCAGGCCUGGGCCCUACAUCUAUGAAUUACUUGCUAAUCUGAAUCUCACGCAUGACACUGCAACCAAGCUCAUUGAUAUAAUUGAGGAGGCUGCUGUGCUUCUGGAGGAAGACAAACAGCAGAAAUCACAAGGCACUGUCUGUCGGCUUGAAAGUAUUGCUGACAUCCUUAAACUAAUUUUUAAAGAUAAAAAUAAUGCCCAUGCAACCUUUUACCGCGUUCAUGUGCGUGAAGGCCAGUCUUAUGCUCCAGAUGUCUUGAAAGGUAAAGCACCGAGAACUCUUAGCUGGUGGUGCUUUAAUCCAGGCAUUGCCAUGGAAGAAUUCUCCAAGAGGGGAGUUGGCUCCAUUAUUUUGACUUCUGGAACACUAUCACCUAUGGAGUCAUUUGCUCAAGAGUUGAGAUUGAAUUUUCCUGUUCGGUUGGAGAACCCUCAUGUCAUAUCCUCAAAUCAGAUCUGGGCAGGGGUUGUUGGGGUUGGCCCAUCAGGGCAUUCUUUCAACUCUUCCUACAGAAAUCGUGAUUCUGUAGAAUAUAAGAGAGAGCUAGGAAAUGCCAUUGUUAAUUUUGCUCGGAUUGUACCUGAUGGGCUUCUUGUAUUCUUUCCCUCAUACUACGUUCUGGACAAAUCCAUUGAGUGCUGGAAGAGCGUGGAUAAUACUAGUUCAACAACAAUAUGGGAAAGAAUCUCCAGGUAUAAGAAGCCUGUUAUAGAACCUAGACAAUCAUCUCUUUUCCCAUCGGCAAUUCAGGAUUAUAUGGCUAAAUUGAAGGACACCUCAAGCUCUGGAGCAGUGUUUUUUGCUGUUUGUCGUGGCAAGGUAAGUGAAGGACUGGAUUUUGCAGAUCAAACUGGGAGGGCUGUAAUAAUUACAGGAGUUCCUUUUCCCAUGAGGACUGACCCCAAGGUUCGUUUGAAGCGAGAAUUUUUGGAUCAACAAGCGGCAUCCUCAAGGGACAACAACAAGGUACUAUCUAUAGUGCAUCAUGACUGGUAUAUAUCCAUGGAAGUUGUUGGCAAUAAACAUCAUUCAUUCUUUUCCAUGACAGUUUUCUUUCCCCUCUUUUUGUGGACAAAGUUCCAGAUUCUAACUGGGGAAGGCUGGUACGGCCAGCAAGCAUCACGGGCUGUGAAUCAGGCUGUUGGACGUGUAAUUCGCCAUCGACAUGAUUAUGGAGCGAUCAUAUUCUGUGAUGAAAGGUUCUCAAAUGCAAAUCAGCAGUCACAGAUUUCACUAUGGAUUAGGCCUCAUCUUAAGUGUCAUUCUAGAUUCGGAGAUGUCAUUUUCACAUUGAGUCGUUUUUUCCGCGAUGGAGUAUUUAGUAGUUCAACGAUGCUGAAGUCUACGGGUAAGACAAUGCCUACAGAUGAGAAGGCUGCCAACAUAUCGUCAAUGCUUCCUUUUCUUCAAGAUAAAAGCUUCAGUGAUUCAAGCAAAUUAAAGGAGAUUCUUCCAGCUAAUUGUGCAUCUCUUAAUCCUCCCAAAAAUAACCAUGACUUCAUAUUGAAGUAUUCCAAAGGUCUAAUAUCAAAAGAGAAACCAGUGCUUGUUCUGGGGGGAACUUCAACACAACGCGAAAAACAGGAGAUGGUCAACUUGAUUGGUGGAUCCUCUGGUAGGGUAAUCCCUAGUGGUGAGGGACUGCUGCCAUGUUCUGCUAAGAAGCGUAAGGUGUCAAAAGGAGAGCUUAGUGAAGAUAUUAAGCAGAAGUUUAUAGAUGAAAAACGAGAAUCAAAUAAGUUUGCACCCCAAGAGAGAGUUAUCUCUGAUUAUAGAACCCAGCAACAUUCUAGUUCACCUGGGUUCCCUCAGAUGGGGAAGACCGAUGUUCAUGCCUCAAAGAGUAAUGCAGCUCAUUCUAACUCGUUGCACACUGGAGACAAGGAAACAAAAGGAUCUGAAUUUCUAAGUCAGGUAAAGGAAAAACUUACUGCCCCAGAAUAUGCUGAAUUCGUCAGUUUUAUGAAAGCGCUGAAAUCCAAAGCCAUGACAAUAGGCCAUGUGCUACAAUCUAUCAUCAACUUAUUCAGAGGGCCAGAGAGGGCCCAACUGCUUGAAAGAUUCAGAGAUUUUGUCCCUUCAAAGUAUCGUUCUUUGUAUGAGCAGUACGUCGGAGCAAAAGAUCAACUACCCUAUAACCAAACCCUAUAUAUUACGGAACUGGUUUCAGUUGCUGUCAUGAUCGAAGGACGGUGUAAAGUGCAGAACUGUAACAGCGCCAAGUACAUAGACUUCUUGGGAUGCACCCUAACUGGACUGGAGGUAUGGCAUCUUCCUCCUGGCAUCACCAACAAGUACAGAUAUCGGCCCGGUAUCGAUGGACUUUCAAUUAUCGCCUUUCUCCAGAAGGUCUCAGCAUUUCGGUCUUAACAAUAUACCAGCAUCGAUGAUACAGAUUUGUAUAGUACACUCUGGUUUUAUUAGUGGGAAGAUUGCAUAUGCGAUUGUCGAAAACAAACCUAAAAAAAUAUUUGUGAAUAUAUUGUCAAUGUAGAGUUGGAUUUUUGCGGGGUUCAUGUUUCUCUAGUUGGCAGUGAAAAGACAAAGGGGUUGUUUGGAGGUUGAGAUUCUCCAGAUUGAAGUAUUUAAUCAAUUUGCGUAUUGUAAUUUGAUGUAUUGAUGAAAUGUAUGAAUUUGAAAAAUACAUUGUUUG